UAUUUCAGGCAGGUUCUCUGGGGUGUCAGCCACGGAGGCGGGAGCCUGGGAGGACGCGGGGAAAUGGACUCAGUGGCUUUUGAGGAUGUAGCUGUGAACUUCACCCAUGAGGAGUGGGCUCUGCUGGACGAUUCUCAGAAGGAACUGUACCAAGAUGUGAUGCAGGAAACCGUUGAUAACCUGGCUUCUAUUGGGGAAAAUUGGCAAGACCAGAGCAUUAGGGAUCAGUGCAAAACUCAGGGAAAAUACAUAAGUGCUCAUGUAGAACAGAGACCCCGCGAAUGGAAAAGUGCAUGCAGGGAAGUCUUCACCCAGCUUCCAGCUCUUAAACAGCAGCAUAUUCUCCCUGGAGUAAAGCCCUGUGAAUGCGGUAUAUGUGGAAAAGUUUACUCCUGUCGUUCCUCUCUUAAGAGGCACAUGCAGUGUCAUAGUGAGCACACACAGUGGGAGAGUCACGGAUUCAGAGGGAAGUUAUACCAGUGUAAGGACUGUGGGAAAGCAUUCAGCUUUCAAAGUUCAUUUAGAAUACAUGAGAGGACUCACACUGGAGAGAAGCCCUACAUGUGUAAGGAAUGUGGCAAAGCCUUCAUUUAUCACACCACUUAUCAAGGACACAUGAGGAUGCACACAGGAGAAAAACCCUAUAAAUGUAAGGAGUGUGGGAAGGCUUUCAGCCACCCCAGCUUGUUUCGAAACCACGAACGAGCUCACUCUGGAGAGAAACCCUAUGAGUGUAAGCAGUGUGGGAAGACCUUCAGAUAUUACCAAACCUUUCAGUUACAUGAGAGGACUCACACUGGAGAGAAGCCUUACCAGUGUAAGCAGUGUGGGAAAGCUCUCAGUCGCUCCACAUCUUUUCGAAGUCACGAGAGGAUCCACACUGGAGAAAAACCAUAUAAAUGUAGAAAAUGUGGCAAAGCCUUUAGAUUCCCCAGUUCCUUUCGCAAACAUGAAAGAAUUCACACUGACGAGAGGCCUUAUGAUUGUAAGGAGUGUGGGAAAGCCUUCAUUUCUCUCCCAAGCUUUCGAAGGCAUGUGAUAUUGCACACUGGAAACGGGCCUUACAAAUGUAAAGAGUGUGGGAAAGCCUUCGAUUGUCCCAGCUCAUUUCACAUUCAUGAGCGAACACACACUGGAGAGAAGCCCCACGAGUGUCAGCGGUGCGGGAAGGCCUUCAGCUGCGCCAGUUCUGUUCGAAUUCAUGAGAGGACUCACACGGGAGAGAAGCCCUAUGAGUGUAAGCAGUGUGGGAAGGCCUUUAGUUCCUCUAGCUCCUUUCGCAUGCAUGAACGAAUUCACACUGGAGAGAAACCCUAUGAAUGUAGGCAGUGUGGGAAGGCCUUUAGCUUCUCUAGCUCCUUUCGCAUGCAUGAGAGGACUCACAAGGGAGAGAAGCCCUAUGAAUGUAAGCAGUGUGGGAAGGCCUUUAGUUCCUCUAGCUCCUUUCACAUGCAUGGAUGAAUUCACACUGGAGAGAAACCGUAUGAAUGUAAGCAGUAUGGGAAGGCUUUCAGCUGCUCCAGUUCUGUCCGAAUUCAUGAGAGGACUCACUCGGGAGAGAAACCCUAUGAGUGUCAGCAGUGCCACAAGGCCUUCAGUUGCUCUCAUUCUUUCCGGAUCCAUGAAAGGACUCACACUGGAGAGAAGCCCUAUGAAUGUCAGCAGUGUGGGAAGGCCUUCAGAUGUUCUCGCUCCUUCAGAAUACAUGGAAGAACUCAUAAUGGGCAAUGAUCCUUUAAAUGUAAGUCAUGUGGUAAAGCCUUCCAUUGUCCCACUGCCCUUUGAAGAUACUCUCUUGCUUAGAGAAAUACUGUGAACAAAAUAGAACUGGAAAACCUCUCAUUUCUCUAGUUGUGAAUCCCAGAAAAAAAAAAACCCUAUGUGUCUAUGUGAUGGGAAAACCUUCAGUGGAUAUGCAACUUCAUAAGGCCACAUAGAUACACAGGGGAAAAUAAACCCCAUACAUUAGGUAGUGUAUAAAAGUCCUCAGUUGCUCAGUUAUCUGGAAACCACAAACUUGUAUUACAGGAUAGCUUGAUGAAUGCAAGCAUUGUGGGAAACCAUCAGUACUCUGCGCCUUCCAAACAUGUGAAGAGGACCCUUAAGAAGUGAAAAGUAAUGAUUAAUUUCCUAUCUUAUUGAAUAUUUACAUGAUACUUAUUUGAGAAAUUGUGAAUUUAUGAAGAUAACCACUGGAAAGGAAUUCUGUAAGUGUGGACAAUAUGAGGAAGUUCCAUGUAAGUUUGUAUAUGUAUAUUUUUGAAAAGUCAUAAAAUGAAAGAAAGGGAGUUUUCUUUUGUCAUAUGCUCAUUCUUUUUUUUUUUUAAAGAUUUAUUUAUUUAACUAUGAGUACACUGUCACUGUCUUCAGACCCACCAGAAGAGGGCAUCCAAAUCCAUUACAGAUGGUUUAGAGCCACCAUGUGGUUGCUGGGAAUUGAACUCAGGACCUCUGGAAGAAGAGUCGGUGCUCUUAACCACUGAGCCGUCUCUCCAGCCCCCAUAUGCUCAUUCUUAAAACUGUGACUCUGGACUAUAGAUUUUUGUUACUUUUGCUUAUAUGAGCAUUGAGGUUAGAUUAUUCUGAAAGUCAUCAUUAAAUAAUGGUACAUAAAUUUAAUAAGUACUGGGUUGGUUGGUUUUUUGGGCAGUUACUAUAUUUUUAAAGAUUUAUUUACUUUGUGUAUAUGAGUACACUGUAGCUGUCUUCAGACACCCGAAAAGUUUUUUUCUAGUGAUUUCUUAGAAGCACUUCAUUAACUAUUCCCAGAUAAUCUGUACUAACUCAAGUAUUAUUUUCCCUUUUCUUUAAGGAUAUACUAAAUUUCCUCAUUGCAAUUACACAUUUUCAGAUUACAAUUGUUUCAGGUUAAGCAAUAUUAUUGUGUUUAAACAUUGGGUUUUACUACUGUUUACUUGUGUUACUUUUCAUAAAACUAAUUAAAUUUUAUUACGUUUACU